UCUUUCCCAGUCAGACAAAGACAGAUUGGUGAUCGUACAGCAGCUGUUUCUUUCUAUUUUUUGACGCGUUCUGAAUACGGGAGAUGUAGAGACGCGCAGCGCGCAGUUUAUAUAUUAUACGUCUAUGAAAGCGAUACGUUAGAAGAACAAGGACAGCACGCGAUUGUCGCUCCUUGUCUAGAUUUAUCUUUCAACGAUCGCAUCCAUGUACUCAAUGUAUCGGUGUGUGCCUUUACGGCUUACGGAUACUACACACAUACGCGAUGAAAGAGAGACAAAGACGGCGCGAUCAUCUAUUUUUGUCAAGCGAUCAGUGUACAGUGUACUACCACUAUCGAAACGAUCGAAAAGUGGAUGUAGCACGGAUAUGAACCAAAUGACCGACAGUAUCGAAAAGUGGAUAUAGCACGGACAUGAACCAUAUGGGGAUUUGACCGACAGUACCGAAAAGUGGAUGCACGGCGCUGCUCUACGGCCUAAAAAAAGCGUCCCACAAAAACCGCUGGCAUUCUCUUAUUAUUUCCUCUCUUUGAAAUAAGUAAACAAAGUGGAAGUUAUGUUUUAAAUUGAAAAUUUUGAAUCAAAUGUUAGAUAAAGCGUGGUUGAUGGACAAAAUUAUUACUAUAUUUCAUUUCUUUUUGUCAAAACGGAUGGAUUUCGCGAUAGAACGGCUGCACAAUGUAGAUAAAACGCGCUUUGUCUUCGGUAUGCCCAAUCAAUCUUAUAGCUGUGGUAGAAGCAAGGAGAAUAUGAUUAUUUGCCUUAGCCUACUUGUAUCCCGUAGACACUGCAUAUUUAUUCGUAACAAUGAUGAUUUGUAUAUCACAGAUUUAAAAAGCUCAAAUGGUGUUUAUAUCAAUGGUGUGAUACAAAAAUCUCAUCAGAUGGUCAAACUAUGUGAGAAUGACAUUAUUGGAAUUGGUUGCUCAGAUGCUGAUCCAAAUAAUAAUACAUUCUAUACUUACAAAGUUUGCAUCAUUGAGUCAUUCUCUCUUGACAAAAAAGUAGAAAUUAGUGCUUUAUCAAGCACAGUUUUAAAUGAUAAUGUACUGCCAGCAAUAUUUACUUCUCCUGCAGAACGUAUUUUAGGAAAAAAACAUGGAUAUAAUUCAGAUUGUGAUAUUCAAGUGCCAAAUAAAAAAUCAAAAAAUACAGAUAGAAAUACACAUAGUUUUGAAGUUACUCUAUCAAAAGAAAAAAAUAAUUCGAAUUUUUCUUGUAACGACCAAAUUUUAGCCAGUAGUAGUACUACAAAUAAUUCAACAGAAACUACAUCUCAUAUUGUGGCUAUGGAAAUAGAAGAUGACAUUGAAAUAAUUCACACAUCUCUCGCACAAGAAGUAAAGAAUCGAGAUAUUAAAGAUCAUAAAUCUGCUAACUGUUUAGAUAUCAAUAAAUCGAAUUUUAAUGAAGAAAUGGAUAUAAUUAUUGAUGAGAAUAGUAAAGAUAAAAGUGAUGAUAGUAAUAAAAACCCAAAUAAAACAGCUGUUGAAAAAGAAAAAUCAAAUAGUACUGAUAAAACAAAUGAUACAUUAUAUCUCCCGAAGAAUUCAAACUUUGUACAAUCCGAAGACCAAAUUAUUAUAGUGGAAGAUGAGCAAAUAACAGAAGAUGAUGAAGAAGCAUCUAUAGUAUCUGUUAACAUGACUUGUGACACAUCAUUGAUAAAAUUGAAAAAAAUGAAAUAUGAACCAAAGACACGAUUUUCAGAAAUUGAUGUUAUUGAUUUAAGUGAUGACGAAGAAGGAGUGUUUCCAUGUUCCCAAUUAUUUGAUAUCAAAUAUGAAGAUAAUACAGAGAAUGGAAGCAAACAAGAAGACAUUAACAAUGAUGAUCAAAAUAUUGAAAAAAUUGACGAUGUGGAUGACGAAGUCAUUUUUUUAACAGACAGUGAAGAUGAAGAUAAUCCAUGGUUGGAACGAUUAUCUAGAAGUCAACUCUCUAACGAGGAUAAAAAGUUUGAUUCUAAUAAUGCAGUUGUAAAAGAUGAAAUCGAUUUGGGAAUUUGGAAACAAAAUGAUGAUGUUUUUAAUAUAAAUACAAAUAUAGACGACAAGUCUAAGAAAUUAGAAAAUAUUAGUAAUAAUAAUAAUAAUAGUAAUAGGAAUAAUAACAUGACAGUAAUAGAUAAUAAUAGUGAUGAUAGUAAUAGUAAUAAUAACUUACUGACGACAGAAAUGAAAGCGAUAGAUGAUGUCGAUUCUUCUACCGAGCCUAGUCCGAAAAAUACUGAUGAUGCAAAUAAACGAAAAACUGAUGCAGAGAUAAAUACAGAAUUAGAUAAACAAACAUUACAUGUAGAGAGUACAAAACAAAAGUUAGUUGCAAAAAAGUCAGUCACAAAACGAUUAAUUCCAGUAAUAGAACCGUUAAAUUUACCUAUAAGAAGACGAAUCAAUAGUAGCAAAGAUAAAGCACAAAAAGUUAAAGAAAAAUCACCCUCAAAGUUAAUAAAAGAAAAGAAAAUGCCGAAAUUAAGAGAAAAAAUUAAUGAUAACUUUUAUAUUAAAAAACAUAAGCAUCGUGAAAAAACAUCUAAAUCGAUGACUGACUGCCAUUCAUCAAGUGAAACAAAAACUAUUUCUAAAGAUGAAAAAAAAAUGAUAAUCGAAAAGAGAAAAAUGAAAUUGAAAGAGAUUGCUGAAGAAAAAAAGAAACUGUCCGCCGAUAAUGACAAGAAUAUUAAGCGCAGAGCUGCGAAAGCGAUAGCUAAAGUAUCAUUGAAAAAUCGAGGCGAUUUUCUCAUCAAUGAGCAAGAACCCGCAACAUCUAAAUCACUUCCAAAUAAAUCCACGAACUUGCCAAAAUCGAAUAAUAAUAAGCAAUUUAAAGAACGAUUAACGGAUAAAGCUGAUGUGCUGAAGAAAUCUUCAACUUCUAACAUCGGAACACAGAAAUCAUGUCAAAAAGAUGACGUUUCUAAAGAUACAAUAAACGCUAUAUCCACAUCGUUAAAACAGUCUUUACAAUUGGAUAAUAUGAAUACUAUUCAAGCACCUAAGAGUAGCAAACAGGACUCCAAAAUGAUAGAUAGUAGGGGAAAAAAAGGCAGCUAUAGCAAGGAGAUGAAAAGAAGCAAUGUAAAGAUAUCCGAACGAGAUAGAUCAACUGAACAUGAUCCUGCUGUGGUGCAAAAAGAAAAUUUUUCAUUGAACAAUGUGAAAUCGAGCCUUAAAUUUAAAAAAAAGAAGACUGUGACUUUUCUCGAAAAAUCAGAAAUAAGAGAAUACGAAAUCGAUCAGUGUAAUUCUUUAAAGAAAUUAGUAGGAAAAGAUGCACCUAUACCUGUGAAUAAAUUAAGAACAUCUACGGCCAGUACAGAAUGGAGUCCGAAAUUGGAAGAAUUUCUACUAUGCAUUUUCAAGUGGAAUCCGGUGUGGCUCGAAGAGCAACGAUAUUUGAAGACGAUACCGCCGAUUGUACCGCAAUGCGAACUUCAAACUAUGAGGUUAAGCUAUGAUUCCUAUAAACAGUAUUAUGAAAUCAUGAUGCCUCUCCUACUACAUGAGAUAUGGUGCGCAAUGACCAAAGAGUUUGAAAUGAUUGAGAAGAAUAAACAGCGUGCUACAAUGGUGUGUUCCGUAGUCGAGAAUCCUACAUCUACUCCUAUACCAUCGACCAGUUUAUUCCUGACAACUCUGAAACUUGAGGUGUUAGUUAAAAAAGAGGAUUUCAAUAAACUGCAUCCCAUUUAUGGCGAUUUAGUGUGCUUCGAGUAUAUCACAAAUGUACAUGGAAAACCCAUUGUCAACAGGACAUUCGCGUAUGUUAUCAACAUGCAACAAACGAUUAUCAGGGAUUUCACGCAUUACAACCAGGAUCUAAGGAAAUAUGUCAAAAAUCCAUAUGCUAUGAUAACAUAUACUUUGUUCAUGCGACCUCUCCAGCACAAUAUCUCUGUAAAUAGAGUGCAAAGACUCCGAACGGUUAUGUAUCUACGAGCAAAUAUAAGAAUGGUACAAGCACUGCAAUAUCUUCCUCAAUCACCCCUCUCGAAAAUAAUUGUGAAUCCAAAAAUUGAAGAAUAUCAAUUGCCGUUGAUGGAUCAGCACUUUACAUGUUCCUCACUAGUCACGGGAGACGAUUUGAAUCCGAAACAGAUGGAGGCUGUAUUCAGAGUAACAGAAACUGUACUAAAAAAAGAGGCUAAACUAUGUUUUAUUCAAGGACCGCCAGGAACCGGCAAGUCUAAAGUGAUUGUGAACCUGGUGACUCAAAUAUUACAUGGCGAGCACACAAACCGGAAAUCCUUGAGGAUUCUAGUUUGUGCACCGUCUAAUGCCGCCAUCGACGAAAUUGUAUUAAGGCUUCUGGACAUCAGGUCUAAGUUAAAAAAGAAACGUUUCAAUAUGGUACGCAUUGGCCGAUCGGAAUAUAUGCAUCCAAUGACUAAACCCAUUUCCGUGACGGAAUUGGCAAAGCGACACUUGACGAAAAUGACGCAGGAAGCAGUUAGGUCGGACAAUACCGAAGAUAUAGCGAUAUUAGAAGCACGGAUUAAUUCGCUUAAAGCCGAGCUCGCAAGUUGCCAAAAUAAAGAUGAAGAGAAGAAGAAAGAAUUAAAUAGAAAACUAGUGGAAACGUCGACGAGACAUGAAAUACUGAAACGUGGCAAACCUAUUAAUGAGUUCAAUGCAAAAGAUCGUGCUAAAUAUCAGCGUAUGUCGGAAAACAUAAUUCUUGAUGGCGCCGAUAUAAUCGCUUGUACGCUUUCGUCCUGUUACACCAAUCAAAUGGAAUCCAAUUUUGGGGGCUACAAGGGAAGAAUAUCUGUCUGCAUUGUUGAUGAAGCAACACAAAGCUGCGAAGCGGAGACCCUGAUACCAUUGAUGUUGGGAGUGAGAACGCUGGUCCUGGUUGGUGAUCCAAAUCAAUUGCCAGCGACUAUCUUGAGUCAGCAAGCGAAGAAACUGGGAUUAGAUCAAUCGGUAUUUUCGAGGAUACAGAACGCUUUCGCGAUGCAACAGAAAAAUCCUAUAAUAAUGUUGAACAUGCAAUAUCGUAUGGAUUACGCCAUCUCGUAUUGGCCGAAUAAAUAUUUCUAUGAUGGAAGAUUGCGAAACAUGGUUGAACAUAGAAUGAAUUUCCCAUUUCAUUCCUAUAGAGUGUUGGAUCAUGAUUUCAUACAAAACAAAGACAAAUUUUCCAACACCAUCGAAGCAGAGUUUGUUGCAAAUAUUAUUCUCGCUAUGCUGAUGUUUGCAAACUGGGAGAAUACGAGCGAUACUAUUUCUCUCGGAGUUAUCACACCAUACAACAAUCAAAGGACGCUUAUAUUGUAUAAAAUAAACGAAAAGAUAUCUUCUAUAUCGGAUAAUCUGAAAAAGAAAAUUAACUUUGAAGUUAAUACGGUUGACAGUUUUCAAGGUCAAGAACGAGAUGUUAUAAUAAUGUCUUGCGUGAGAAGCCAUGGUAUUGGAUUUUUGUCAGACAAACAAAGACUCUGUGUAGCACUCACAAGAGCUAAACACAGCCUAAUAUUAUGUGGAAAUUUUAAUACCUUUUUGAAGGAUAAAAUGUGGAAUGCAUUGUUAACUGAUGCAAAAAGUCGCGGGAUUUUGUGUCGUGUUAAUGCUAAUGCAACACCUGCUUUCAUCAAACAAUUCAUCAUUAAAUAGGGAGUUGUAAUAAAGCUUUUUGAUGUACUGAAAAUAUUAUGUAAGUCAUAUUUUAUAUGUUUUGUAUACAUCUUGUGAAUAUCUAGCUCUUAAUCUGCAUAUUUAAAUAUACAUUACUUUUAAAUAAAAAUGUAUUAUAAACAUUCCAAGAGAAUAUUAAUUUAUAAUACUUUUAAUAUUUUUACCUUUAUAUAUUCUCAUAUAUAACUUUUCAGACAAGUGGGAAACUAGCCGAUAAGAGCCAAGGCGAAUGAGUUCGCGCAUCGAUACCCGUACCUUGGCUCUUCUGCUCAUUUCCCAUUUAAUUGUUCUUACCCUGAGCCUAUUGCUACCAUUAAUAAAUUUUUUCUUUUGUCCAUUGUACUAGUGAAU